AGGGUUUCGACGGGCCAGAAGACGACUUCAUCACCCGCGGCUCGUGCAAGGCCAAGUUCAGUUUGCAGAGCAAAACCCACAUAGUUCGGGUCAAAGGAGACAACGGACGAAUUUCGCAUCGCGGCCGUUUCGACCCGAAAGUCUUGAGCCCCAGCGACGACAACUUCUUGAUACUCCCUUAUUUGAUUCCGGCCAUCGCACUCGUUGGAGGCAUCAUAUUCGUGGUAAUGGUCUUCACUUGUUGCUGCCCGAGGGACAAAGAGGAGACCGCAGUUCCUGCGGUCACCUCGUACCAAGCGCCUCCUCCUCCCCCGCAGUUCCCACAGGCGCCGAUAACCAACGACAAUUCCAUGGCCCUACAGCAGCAGUCUUUCCAAAAUCCUCACAGCAACCCCCAUCCGUUCGCUUCACCGGCUUUCAAUCCUGGUUAUCCAAUGCAGCCGGGCCAGUACGGCGGAGCCUAUCCGAAUGCUCCCCCGACGGGCUAUCCCCAGCAAGUUCAGUAUCCGCCUGGAAUGCUCCCUCAACAGCCGUACCAGCAACCCCAGACGCAGGUCAUCCAGCAGCCUGCGAGGUCCGGGGGCGGCGUGGCGAGCGGCAUCGGGGGUCUCGUAGCCGGAGCCGCUGCGGGAGGCCUGGCUGGCUAUGCGAUCAAUUCCAUGAUGCAUAGUCAUAGCGCAGAAGCUGCUCCGAACACCACAACGACAAAUACGAACCAAGACGAUCAGAACAUUGACGUUAUUGCGGAACAUCCGGACAAGGCCGGUGGAAUGUACGGGGGUGUGGACGAUCAACCGGCAUACGGAGCGGCGACAGUCUCGUACGUAGAGCCAAGCUAUCCAGCUGCAGACACUUACCAGGCGCCUACCUUCGAAGCUGAAGAUACCUAUACUCAACCGACGUAUGAUGAUGGCGGCGAUGAUUUCGGCGGAGGAGAUUACGAUUAG